CUGGUGUACAGAGACAAAUCCAGACCCAUCAAUGGAGUGUGUAUGUGUACAGGCAGAUGGCUGCCAUGAAGAUCAGACCCACACUGGGAGUCCAGUAUUGCUCUCCUCCUAUGCCUUACAGUUAGAACUAGACUGCAUUGAUGGAGGAGGAGGCCAUUAUGACAUAGUGAACAACGCUGUGAACUCAGCACCCGGGCCACCGAACCACAGAGCCCAAAAUGUGUCCUUACGCCAAAGCUGGGAGAUGAACUACCAAGAAGCAGCCAUCUACCUGCAGGAGGGAGAGAACAAUGAUAAGUUCUUCACCCACCCUCGGAACCCAAAGGCGCUGGCAGCGUACCUCUUUGCACACAACCACCUGUUCUACAUGAUGGAGUUGCUGACGGGCCUGCUGCUGAUGAUGCUGUCGCUGUGUGAAGCUCCGGCUGUGCCUUCACUGCGCCUGGACGUCUAUGUCCACGCCACUCUGGAGCUGCUUGCUUUGGUUAUGGUGGCAUUCGAGCUCUGCAUGAAACUCCGCUGGUUAGGCUUCCACACCUUCAUACGCCACAAGAGGACGAUGGUGAAGGCGUGUGUGUUGCUGCUACAGUUCGUGGAGGCCAUAGUGGUUCUGAUCAGACAGACGUCUCACGUGAGAGUGACCAGAGCUCUCAGACCAAUUUUCCUGGUGGAUUGUAGAUACUGUGGUGCUGUGCGCAGAAACUUGCGUCAGAUCUUCCAGUCUCUUCCACCUUUCAUUGACAUCCUCCUCCUGCUACUCUUCUUCAUGGUUAUCUUUGCUAUCUUGGGUUUCUGCCUCUUCUCCCCAAACACUGCUGACCCGUACUUCAGCACACUGGAGAACAGCCUCGUCAGCCUGUUUGUUCUGGUCACCACAGCAAAUUUCCCUGAUGUGAUGAUGCCCGCGUACUCCAAGAACCGCUGGUCGUGUGUUUUCUUCAUUGUGUACCUCUCCAUAGAGCUCUACUUCGUCAUGAACCUGCUCUUGGCGGUGGUCUUUGAUACAUUUAAUGACGUUGAGAAGAUGAAGUUCAAAUCUCUUUUACUUCACAAGCGCUCUGCUAUUGACCACGCCUUCCAGCUGUUAGUUAGCCGACAGAGGCCCAUGGGCGUGUCGCUGAAACAGUUUGAUGGUCUGAUGCGAUUCUACAGACCACGAAUGUCCGCAAGAGACCGCUUCCUCACGUAUAAAGCUCUCAACACCUCUGGGGCUCCUAUGCUCAGUCUUCAGGACUUUUACAAAUUCUAUGAGGUCACUGGCCUCAAAUGGAAGCCCCGACGCAGUGGAGAACAUUGGUUUGACGACCUUCCUCAAACGAGCUUCCUCAUUUUUAAAGGCAUCAACAUACUUGUGAAGUCCAAGGCCUUCCAAUACGUCAUGUAUGUGGUGGUGGCCAUUAAUGGUGUUUGGAUUCUGGUGGAGACGUACACGCUGAAUAGUGGAUUUUCCUGGUCCAGAUUUGUACCCUGGAGUUACAUUGUUUUUCUGACUAUUUAUGGUGUAGAGGUGUUAUUGAAAAUAACUGGUUUGGGGCCAAUGGCUUAUUUCAGCUCUGGGUGGAAUCUAUUUGAUUUCUCCGUGACGGUGUUUGCCUUCCUGGGUCUGAUCGCUCUCGCCUUCGAUAUGGAGCCAUUUUACUUUAUUGUUGUUCUGAGACCAUUUCAGCUGCUCCGGUUGUUUAAGAUAAAGCAGAGAUAUCGUAACGUGUUGGACACCAUGUUUGAGCUCUUCCCCCGGAUGGCAAGUCUGGGCUUGACCUUAAUCAUCUUCUACUACUCCUUCGCAAUUGUUGGGAUGGAGUUUUUCGCCGACGUGGUUUAUCCCAACUGCUGCAACACCAGUACAGUGGCAGACUCCUACAGACAGAUAAACGUCACCUAUGGAAACAAAACCGUGCUGGAAGAAGGAUACUAUUAUCUCAAUAACUUCAACAACAUUCUCAGCAGCUUCGUGACUCUGUUUGAACUGACUGUGGUCAAUAACUGGUACAUCACCAUGGAAGGUGUAACUUCCAUGACAACCCACUGGAGCCGGCUCUACUUCAUGACCUUUUACAUAGUUACCAUGGUGGUGAUGACCAUCAUCGUAGCGUUCAUUUUGGAUGCUUUUGUGUUUCGUAUGAACUACAGCCGCAAGAACAGAGAACCAGUGGAAAACCCAGAGGAUGAGAACGGGAUCGUGUUUGAAGUAGAGGUGAGUCGGGAUGAAGCUCUGACAACUCUGGAGCUGUACAAGCAGACCUGCCCGGGACUGUCCUCCCUCAACUCCUUACAGGGAGUCCUACAAACUAUGGACAGAGGAGGGCACUCGUCUAUGGUGUACCUAGGUCGCAGGUCGAGGACGAAGAGUGACCUCAGCAUGAAAAUGUACGAAGAGGAGAUACAGCACGAGUGGUAUACCGAGUAUUCGAGGGAAGACCUGGCUGAGCGAGAGCAAUGCCCGGAGCAGGAACCGGAUAGUCCCGUCUCCCUCCCGUCUUCCUUCCCAGAGCCUCAGCUCAACUCACAGACUGGACCUCACAGUGUCAACUAAUGCAAAGGCUGCAAGCGGUUCUUACUCAUCACAAUCUCGGCAUUUUUUAAAUGCAAAUAAACCCCAUUACUCCCGGUUCUCCACACGUGAAGUUUACCAAGGAGGAAAACUGGUACGGGAGAACGUGAGGUGACGAUGACUCUGUCACUAUGGACAAUACGACUGCAGUGCAGAUCUGUUGCUCGACCAGUAAAGCUACGUUUUCUCUGGGCCAAUGUUACCAGGGAGCCUGUACUACUACGGUUUGUUGUGUAUGUAUGCUGCCGUAGGCCAUUUGUGACUUUCUGUAACACUUGUAGUACUUCAACCUGAUGUAUAUGGGAAUUUCUGCUUAAUAACACAUCUCAUUUAUCUAAAUCCAAAAGUAUAAACACUCCCACAGAACUAUUAGUGUAACUAAUAAUGUAAUAACGUCUCAACGGAUUCAAAGUGUUUCACUUUCAUAUCAUUUGUUCUUCAGUAAUGUAUUACGGUGAGUUAAGAAGGUAUUCCAAAAAUAAAAUGUCUUAAUUGUCAAGUA